ACUACAAAUUCGAGGCAAGUCAGUGCUGACCCGAAAAAAACCCUGUGUAAACUGAUUUGAAGUCAGUACAGUGGCUUGAAGUCAGCGCUGACUUGAAUAUUCGGACACGAAUAUUUUAAAGUCAGUUGGCGCCCCCCACCACCCGCGCACCCCCGCGCCAGCCAAAUAAACCCCGUGUAAACAGACAAGUCAGUGCGUGGUUACUGGUUAGUCACUGCCGGUGCGUUGUAGAGUGACCACGUUUUUUUUGCUGGCGAUAAAAAUGAAGCUUAGCGAAGACGAAACCUUAAAAUUGGUGAAAUUAUAUGGCGAAAACGAGUGCCUUUGGGAUAUUAAAUCCCUAAAUUACCGCAAUAAAGAAAUGCGGUCAACAGCGUUGCAAAAUAUGGCUCAACAAAUACUAAUCGAAGGGCUCACUUCUACUGAAGUAAAAAAUAAAAUUAAAGCCAUAAGGGCUACAUAUUAUUUAGAGCUCGACAAGAUACAAAAAUCCACCAGAUCUGGCGCUAGUGGGAACGUAUAUGUCCCAAAAGUCAAGUGGUUUCAAGAACUGGACGGCUUUAUAAAAAAUGCUAUUGUAAAUAAAUAAAUACAUUUUUCAACAAAUAAUUAAAUCGUCGUUUCAGUUGUUUUCGCGAAUUCAUUUUUCCCACUGACUUCACACACGUGUGGUCAUCGUGAGAAACGCACCACUACUACUUACUUCAUGUAAACAGUUAAAGUCAGUCGCGGCGCCGACAUUGGCGCUGCGACUGACUUGUCUACUUACCCCGUGUAAAUCAGCCUUUAAGGUCUCAUUACCAGUAACCAGGCCAUAAAAAAAAUGGUACGGCUCAGUAGUCAGUACAGAAUUGUAAUUAUUUUAAUAUAUAAUACCAUAGAACUACGAUGAGUGACACGCAAGAAAAUCUUGAUUUUGAUCGUCCUUUAAUGGAUACUAAGUCAUAUGAAAUACUCAUUUCAAAACUAAAAGUCUCACUUUGUGAUGUAGAUGGAUGUACAACCAACCAUUUAAAUAAUGUAAUUUUGGAGUGCAAAACUUGUAUCGAACAGUGUUUAUGUGCAGCUAUGAAUUCUAUAGAUUCCUUGAAUUGUAAUUACUUAUUGAGUUGUCUAGAAAAUGCAGGUUGUUUGUUGCAAAUGCUCUCAGACUUUAUUAGGAAAGUAUUGGCAUCUGUACCUUUUGUGUGCUCAAACAUGAAGCAUUAUCCUACUGCCACUGGAUGUAUAAUUUUAUUUGUCUUCAAUUAUUGCAAGACCAGUGAAUGUGUAUAUGGUGAAUACCUUAUGAAAGCACAAAGACAACUAAAAGAAUUGUUUAGAACAUGCCAUGAACUACAGCUCACUUACCUGAUGUCCUUAGAAACACAUUUCACCUUUGAUUUGAGUCAAGCAGAUGAUUUAGGGGUUUUAUUGGAAGUACUAGACAUUAAUUUGAAAAUUAGUCAAGUGGUAGAAAACCUAGAUAUCAAGACAAUGGCAGAACAAUGGAAAGCUUACACAGCAUUAUGUGAUAAAUAUUGCAAAUACAUUGAAGACAAGCACAUAUAUAGAAAUUGUGUGGAUAUGUUGUGUGAGAUGGUUAGGAGAAACAUGAAAAAUGUAUUAGAGACGUGCCCAGAUGGAGCAGGCAAGACUGUAAUUAGACCGGUGAAAGUCGCCAGCUUCGGAAUAAAAAUUCUAACUAAAUUAUGCAAUAUCUUUAAAAAGGCAACUCACUAUAAUGAUGAGAUAAUUUACCUUUUAAUAUUUCUAAACACGUACAACGUGUCCUACCUGGAAACAUAUUUGAAGACUCCCUCAGAAAUAACUAAAGUCAUCGAAGAAAACACGAGAGCUCCUUCGGUGGCCUUGGUCGACGCCUUAGCCGCCGAAGAAGCGUUUAUUCAUGACAUCUGCAAAGUGAACGAAGUCAAAUUUGAGAAUGAGAAGUUUAUCGGCUACUUAAUUCUUCUCACGGACGUCAUGAGGAUCUCACCGAGCGACACGAGACUGAACGUGAUGUCCCGAAUGUUUCGUCUAUUGCCAGACGGCCACGUCUGGUUCAACGUCGGAAUAGAAAUGGAAGUCGACAAUAAAAGGUUCGGUCUGUACGAGUACGCGCUGACGGUCGGCUCGGCCUUCGCGAGGACGCUGAGCGGCGACGGGUACGCGGCGCUGGAACGCCUCCUGUUGACGAGUCUGUUGGAGACCGACUGCUACGGUGCUCUCUUCGCGGCCGAUCUGUGGAUUCUGUCGAUGAGGUCGAGCGAUUCCACACUGGUGGCGGAGACCGCGUCGGCCCUGAUCGAGGUGUAUCGGAGCCUCGCUCGGAAGCCGGCGUUUCACCGAUCUCCGCAAAACGUUCACCUCACCCGAGUCAUAAGGAAUCUGUUCGGGCUUUGCGCGAGAAGAGAUAAGGAUAGGAUAUUAAAUUUGUACAAGAUAGAAGAUCAUUUCGAUUUAUGGUCGGCAUUGACGCCGACAGAAGUCGGAGGGGGGCGGAGCGCAGUGGGGACGUUCGUGACGAUGCUGAAGGGGUGCCUCGAUAUCGAUGAAAUGGAAAACGCGUCGCCGCCGUCGAAUCCGGUCGCGGGCGAGAGGCCGACGGAUCUCAUAUCCGGAACGUUGUCGACUCUGUGGAGCGAGUCGAGGACGGACGAGGGCGACGAGGCGCUCCGGGGCGAGAGGAUUCGGCGAUUGACCGCCCUCACCGAAACGUUCGGCCCUCUCUUGUCCGAAGAGGCCGUCCGCGAGAUCCACGGCACGAUCGGAGACCUGCUGAGGAGCGGCGACGAGAACGUCGCGUUCGUUUUGUUUCAAAAGUACUGUUCAUUUUACGAGAGAGGCCUCGUCCCCCGGGACGCUCUCUCGCGAGACGUGUUCGCCGAGUCGCUGGAAGCGGACGACCCGAUACGCCGACACGCGUUCGUCACGCUCGAGAGAUUCCGGAGAGUCGACAGAGUCGUUCGGGAAGAUCCGACUUCGGUCGGUCCGUCUGCGGAUCGAGAGCCUCGCCGUGGAACUCCGCAGUUUGAACUUCGGUUGCGAAGCGUCCGGAGUCAUCGCUUCUCUCACGGAUGUCUCUCGGACGAGUCUCCGUCGGCCGACGCCGAGCGACCUCGUUCCAAAAGGAUGAAGCUGGACGACGGCGAACGUGAAGAUUUAAUAUCGAGAAUAGAAGAGAACGUGCGUCGCCUGAGCGAGCUGGAGGCCGAAGGGGGGCUGAGCGACGAGCGCAAGUCGCAACUGUCGAAUGUGUUUUAUAAAUUGCAAAAUAUACUCGAGUCUUGAAUC